CGCCCAACAAGAUGUUACAAGCCAACGGAGAAUCUCGUCAAAAUUUAGAAUUCCUUGGGAUUCAGUAUAAAUCUUUACAUGCCAUAGGUUUGGACCUUGGAGUUAUUAGAGGCCGUGAUAUAGUUAAAAAUCGUCAAAAAUUCACUAUACUUGCUGUGAUCACCUUUUAUCUGCAAUGUGGUCUUUUUGUCUAUGCAGCCCACAUGUUCACCAUACAAAUUGACAAGGCUAGCACUUCAUUGUCCUUGUUCAAUCAGGGCUCCUUGCUGUGCUUUAAGAUGUUUAUACUUUUAUUGCGUUCGGAUCGAUUAUUGAAAUUCAUUUGGGAUCUAAAUAUGUUGGCGACUAUGGCAAACGAUGCAGAAGAGGAACUUUGGCUUUCGGAAAAUCGUUAUUCUAAACUUAUUGCCAAAGUCUAUGGAAUUGCCUGUCUUGGAGCGACUAUAGCAUCGGGAUUAUUGCCAAUUGUUUUCAUACUAUACGAACACUUUAGAGGACUUGAGGUUAAUCCAUUCCUACCAUUUGAUGGAGAAUUCCCCUAUGAACAUCUUGGCCUACCGAUAUUUAUCCUUAACUACAUUCUAUCGACCAUUUAUGUGUGGACUUUACUGGGUAUGACCAUUGGCAUGGAUACCCUGUUCGGUUGGUUUGUCUAUGCAGUUUCGGGUCACUUUCGCAUACUUUGUUCCAAAGUUGCCGUUACUGCGGCUAAAAUCGCCCAAGAUGAUAAUCAUGCGGAUUUUACACGUGACGUUGGCUCCAUUGUUUAUUAUCAUAACAAAAUAUUGGGAUUUGUUAAUGAAUUGAAUGGCAUAUUUGGACCAAUCUUUUGGGCUGAGGUAGCAUUCAGUUGUCUUCAAAUGUGUUUUUUGAUUUUUAAUCUGAACAGUGGUACGGAUAUGCGACAAAAACCUUUUAAUCUUCUAGUGUUCUUGGCCAUCAGCAUACAGUUAAUGAUUUACUGCUUUGGAGGACAGAAAGUGAAGUCAGAGAAUGAAGCACUCUGCAAUGACAUCUAUUACCAAUUUCCUUGGGACAAAAUGAAACCUUCAGAAAAGAAAAUGAUGCUGCUGCCUUUAAUGAGGUCACAAGAAGACACUGCUCUAAGGGGAUUAUUUUUUGAACUGGAUCGUAAUCUUCUGGUAUAUAUAUAUCGUACCGCUUUCUCCUAUAACACUCUGCUGGCAGCCAUGAAAGAUAAUUGAAUCAUCAUAAAAUGAUUUAUUUUAGAUUUCCGUUUGGAAAUGUGAAAAAAUGACAAACAAUAUCUUACACCUUUGCACUUUCACUUAAUUAUUAAGCUGCUAACAGAAUCAUUAAUUAGCAGCAAUUGGCACAGAUUUGUUGUUUCGUCUAGAAUAAAUAUUUCGCAUGCACCUAAGA